AUGAAUGAAAUUCUCAAAUUGAUCUUAAUUGCUCAUUGUGGCUUAUUGAUUCAUUUAUAUGACAUCGUUCUUGUUAAAGUGUCAAAUGCAAAUUCAAUUAGACAGUGUCCUGAUUAUCAAAUUCAGUUUGAAAAAAUUCUCGGAUAUCGUCCACCACAAACAGUUCUUUCAAACAGUUAUGGACCGCCAAAUAGUGAAAAAUUACUUUUCAAGUAUCACCAUCAAGUGCCGUCUGUGAUAAAUUUAUCGUGCAUGGAAUUGUGUAAAAAUGACCAUAAUUGUGAGAGCUAUGUUCUUAACUUUAACAAGUCUGAGUGCUAUGGCUACACAAGCAAUGAGAGACAACUGGAGACACACAAUUUUCGGCGAUUUGACAACCAUGAACUUGUAGAAGAUAUCAAUGUUAUUUAUUUUGUAAAAACAUGUCUUAACAUUCCCCUUAAUUGCAAAAAUACACUAUAUCCAAUUUUGAGAAUCCCUGGAAGUAUUUUAAUUGGAAAAGGAUAUUUGACUAUAAAUAAGCUUUUAACAAGACGAGAAUGUAUUGAACGUUGUCUAUUUGAAACGACCUUUAAAUGUCGAUCAGUAUCAUUCCAAAUAUCUCAACGGAAUAAUAUUGUUCGAAUGGGUCUGUCCAAUAUUCUUAACAAAGACAUCAUGGGAAGAUGCAUAAUGAGUAGGGACGAUAAAAACCUCGAGCCAGAUUCAUUCCGUGUUGCACCGAUUAAUGAUGAAUAUAUAGAAAAUAACUGCCAUGUAGUCAUGAAUGGAGCAAAUGAACAAUUUUUAGAUGAUUUUUGUUCCUAUGAGCAUUUUCCAGAAAGUGCAUUAACAUAUGCUGAACAUCAAUAUAUAGGCCUUACAGAUCGUGAAUGUCAAGAAAAGUGCUAUAAGGAGAAAAAGUUUUUCUGCAAAGGAAUCACAUUUCAGCACACAGAUAGAGUUGACGACUCAAGAUGUUUCAUACAUUCCGAAGAUCUUAUUUCAUUAGGACCACGAGCAGUGAUUCCUAUGUUACGGUCAUAUUACCUAAAAAGAGUACAGUGUCUAAAUUUAAACGUUAGAUGUACACAUGAUCAAAUGAUUAUUAGAUAUAAUCCACGUCAGUUCUUUCAAGGACGAAUGUAUACUGAAAAUCAUUCUGAGGAAUGUGGUGUAUCCGGAACCAAUUAUGGACCAACUUUCUUAACAAUUCCAAUUGGAACAGAAUUAAAAGAAAAUCGGUGUGGUGUAGCACGUGCUUUUGAUUUUGAGUCGUUGAAUCGUACUUUGAUCUACGUUUAUAUCAUAAUUCAAAAUAAUCCUUUAGUCAUGAUGCAAAGUGAUCGAUAUAUUAAAGUUGGAUGCAUUUCUAAAAACAAUAGGCAUGGCAAUGAAGAUGGUGUACCUGAUUAUGUUUCACUGGAGACAUCAAUGGAAUUUAAUGGAAAAGAUUAUGAUGGAAGUGGAUCUUUGGUUAUUGAUAAUGGAGGUGAUAUACCUAAAUUAAGAGUUUAUAUUAUUGAUCCUAUUGAUAAUGUAAAGAUUAAAGAAGCUCGAAUUGGGCAGCUUCUUAAAUUUGUUAUUUCGAUGGACUCUCAUUACGAAAAUUAUGAUUUAAAGGCAGUAAAUCUAACUGUCACAUCCAGUCAUGAUAAACUAGAAUUAAUAUCAUCAAACGGAUGUGCAACAAAUGCUGCUAUAUUUCCAGCACUUCAACAAGAAAUUACAGAUCGUUCUCGUCGACUGUAUUCAAAAUUCAAGGCAUUUAAAUUUACAUCAUCUAAUCAGAUAAAACUUAGUGUAUCAAUUCAAUUUUGUCACAAAUCUUGUAAACCUGUAAAUUGUGGAUAUGGAGUAGAAUUUAAUGGAAGAAAGAAAAGGAACACGAGUUCAAGCAUCGUAAAUAAUCCAGCACCAACAACUCCAUUGAGUAGAAUAAUUUUUCCUGAUGAAACAUCUUCAGCAAACACACUAGUUCCAAUUAAAUUCCUAUCGACAACAACAGCAGCUCCAAUGGAACCGAUUAAAUUUCCUAAACCUAUUCAGGAAAAAUUAGUGGAUGGUACGAUAUCGGUUGACAAUAUUUAUAAGGGCUUCAGACAAGAUGCUUAUGGUUAUCCACAAGGAAUACAAAAUUAUUUUGGUGGCUUAAAAGAUGAAGAGAAUGAAAUUGAAGAUGAAGAUUCCAGAGCUAAAAUUCAAACUAAAGUCAUUACUAUUCCGCUUGACAUAACACUUAAUGUGAUAGAAAAUGGUGUAAAUGGAACUGAUCGACUUGUUAUUGGAGAUAAUGAUCAAAUUAUUGUUGCUGGACUGGCCAACAACGCAAGUGGCUUUUGCUUAGAUGAAUCUUUAGUUAUAGCAAUUUUUAUAUUUUGGUUGAUUUUUCAAAUUCUUAUUCUUUUUGGAUGUUGUUUAAUGGUCCAAAGAUACAAGAAAAUGACAUCUUUUGAUGAUGACAGAUCAUUUAACAACUCGGGAUAUUAUCCUGAUUCAUUAGAAAAUCGACAUGUGAGAUGGGCAGACAAUACAAUAAACUAUCCUCGCGAAACUUAUUAUCAAUUCACUGGAUCAACAGGAAGGGCUUAUUUAUUCAAAAAAGUCGUGAAUCUCACAUUUAGCAUUGUUCAAGAUAGAGUUAUGCUAACAGGACGUCAUAUGGUUCGAGAUGUAAUGUGUAAGAACUGUAAGACAAAGUUGGGCUGGAUGUAUGAAUUCGCAACAGAAGAAAGUCAGAGAUACAAGGAGGGUCGAGUAAUUUUGGAACAUGCAUUGAUUACAGAGUCAGAAGGAUUUAGUGAAUUUCCAAGACCACGAAAUUAUGAUGAAAAUUAA